AUAGAUUUAGUAAACCUCUCGCUCGAAGUAAUCCGCUUACAUUCUCAAGUAAGUUUGUCUGUUUUUAAGGUGAAUCAGAUGUGAUAAACAACUAUAAUUCAUAACUGCUAAAAAGUUAAGUUGAUUAAAGUUAUUUUGAUAAAGGAAGUGAUAAAAUUUGGAAUGUUCGUCUUGUCGUAAAAAGAAUUCUUAAGGCAUUCAUUUUGUGGAACUGACUUCGAAUUAUCAAGAGGUCAUAGGAGAAUUGUUUGUAGGUGCUGGCGUAGAUCAACUCCUCGCAUAAUGUCGGUGAGUGAAGAUAUAUCGAAUACAGGAGCGUCAACUGGCGACAGCUUUUGGGAAUUAGAUAGGUAUAAAAGAACGGUUAAACGUUUAGAGGAUGGUCAUAAAUUGUGUUCAGAAAUGAUGCAAAUGUUACAUGAGAGGGCUGAAUUAGAGAAGAACUAUUCCAAGUCAUUGCGCACUUGGGCCUCGAAGUGGGAGGAUACUGUAAGAAAAGGUCCUGAAUAUGGAACAACAGAAGAAGCUUGUGUAGGUCUAUUUAGAGAAGCUGAAAGCAUUGCCGAAUUGCACACGGAAGUGAAAGAUAAAUUAAUAUCGGUGGUUCAAACUCAAAUAAAAGCUUGGCGAGAUGAACAUUAUAAAAAACCAUUAGUUGGUCAGUGUAAGCAAACGAAAGGACUGGAAGAUUCAUUUCGUAAAGCUCAAAAACCAUGGGCAAAAUUUUUAACGAAGGUUCUUAAGACGAAGAAAGACUAUCAUACUGCAUAUAAAACAUUCAACAGUGCUGAAAAUAGUUUGAAUAAUGCACAAGCUGAUAGCUCAUUGUCAGAUGAUCAUAAAAGGAAGUUAUCAGACAAGGUAGAAAAGUCUCGAAGAGAAGUGGAUUCCAAUAGAGAAAAGUACGAAGCGGCCCUAAGAGAGUUGAAUGGUUAUACAUCGAGAUAUAUCGAAGAUAUGACAGGGGUUUUCGAUAGCGCUCAGAGGGAGGAAAAAGAACGCUUGGAUUUUGUCAGGCGUGCAUUAGAAGAAACACGAAAUUGUCUUAAUCUUAGUGAUAACGAUAACUAUCAUAAUACCUAUGAAAUGUUGGCCAGUACUAUUGAGGCAGCUGAUUCAGAAAAAGAUCUUAAAUGGUGGUCACAAUAUCAUGGGGUAGAUAUGGCAAUGAAUUGGCCUCAAUUUGAGGAGUACUCUCCCGACAUGCAUUCUAUUUCACGUAAAGACAAGAAAAGUGUUAUCUCCGGCUCUGAUGGAAUUACCAUAACUAGCAUAAAACCUGCUCAGAAUAAUACAGAAUACCAGACUCAAACUUCGAUACCCGAACAGUCGACGCCGGCACAUACUAUUCAAAACCAACCACCUCCAGCACCACCCCAACAGCAGCAGCCGCCUCAACAACAGCAAGUACAGCCUCCUCCCACACAGGGUACACCUUUCGAGUAAGAAUUUAUUUAUCUUAACAAUAGAGAUCUAAGAGUUUAAAACAAAUAGUUUAAAUUUUAAAACAAUUUAUAACGUUUAAUAUGAAAGAAAAAAUAAGUUCAUUCUUAUCUAGAAUGUGAUAGCGCGACAUUUUAUAGGCUAGCAGAUAAAAACUUUAAGUAUUUCCAGCAAUGAUGACGACUAUGAUGAUGAUUUGAAUCCAUUCGCCGCUGACGUAAGAACCGAUAAUGAUUGGUUUGUGUAUUUAGCAUGUUGGCUUAAAAUCUCUCUUAUCCGACAAAAAAACUUAUAUAAAAAAAAACAAACGCUUCUAUAUACUGUAUCUGGCGAACAAAUCCCACUUUUUUUUGAUUUUGGCGUCUGUACACCCACAUAUCAUAAGGCGAAAUUUUUUUUCUAACGGCAUGAAUGCAUUAUUACUAUUUCUCCUCAACGCUCUAUUAAAAUCAUUAUUAAACGAUAUAUCCGCUUCUUCUUUCCUUCUAUCUCCCAUCAAACCUCCCCGUAUUGACUUUUCUUUUUUAAAAUAAAGAAAAGUGAUGUGUUGAAUGCAAUUUAAUCAAACAACAUAACAACAGUUUUUUUUUAUAUAUUAUUACUAUUAUUACUAUUAUUAUUACUAGUAGUAUUAUUAUUUUAUUAAUAAUAUUCGCUUAUAACAGUAAAUAAUAUAAUAUUUCACCAACGUACGAGGCACUCGCUUUGAAUUUGGUUUGUCCUUAAAAAAAACGAGAGGAAACGUAUUCUUUUUCUAUUUUUAACAAAAAGGAAAAAAAGAGGAAGAGGGAGAAAGAAUUUUUCUUAUAAGCUGAUAUUAAGGGGGAAAGGAAAAGUAAUUUGUUAGUCUUAGUGUGUAACAAUUUACGUUCGAGUACGAGACGCGAGUAUUUAUUUAUUGAUUAUCGACUUUAAGUUCUCUUUUUGGAAUUUUAAUAGGAGAAGUAAUAAAAUUAACGAACAUUCUUAGCCAGUGCCUUCGUUUUGUGUGUGUAUCUUUCUCUGUUUCAUUACAAAAGUAAUUCUAUUUAAAUUUACUUAUUAAUUUUAACUAAUAGAGAUUUUUUUUUUAUUUUUUGCUCUUCUCGCUCUCUCUCUCUCUCUCUCGACUCUCCAGUAGCAAUGAAGAAACUUGGUCGUCGCAUAAUGGAACAUCGAACGAGAAGGGUGUUAAAGUAAGGGCUCUGUAUGAUUAUGCUGCUGCUGAAAGCGACGAGAUAUCCUUCAAAGUUAAUGAUAUUUUCAUUAAAUUGGAAGAUCAGGACGAUCAAGGAUGGUGUAAGGGGCUGAAGGAUGGAGUUUCUGGCUUGUAUCCGGCUGGUUACGCAUCUGAAAUCUAAAACAAAACAAAACAAAAAACUUAGUUAUGCGAAAACACUUGCAAAACAAAGCAGAUGUGUAUAUUUUUGAUUAGCAACGAAUAUCAAUUGGUUUGAAAAAGCAAUUUAAAAUCUCUUUUGGAAGAUAUUGAAAAUUGUAAAAAAAAAAAAAGUUAUUUAAAAGAUACAACUAUCAACUUUUUUUUAUUAUUCCAUAAUUCCAUAGACUAAAAAAGUUGAAAGAAAAAAGGCAAAGAUAUUUUGUUGUUUUAUAGAAGUAGAUUUAUUACUGCAAAUUAAAAUAGUUAUGUAAAAAAAAGAUAAAAAACGAAAGAAACAACAAAAACACGUUCGGUUAGAGGUGUUUAUAUGUUAUUCAAUAAAUAAGAUGGCACUGCAUAGCAUGACUUCAUUUUCGGUGUAAAUAUAACUUCAUUAAUAUUUAACUAUCAUUUCUUUUUUAAUACUAUUAUUUUUCUUUCUGUGUGCUUACUUAAAAAGUUAAUCAAGAACUUUACAAUAAUAAUUUUGAUUGCUAUGUAAAGGGUUAUAUGUAUAAUUAUAUAUCUAUUUAAGAUAUAUGUACAUAUAAGAGAUAUUUAUUUUUUAAACGAAAAAAGUCUUGAUUAAAUCGUUACUAUUCUAUAAUUGACAUAUUCCUCUAUUGAUAUUUACCAAAAGAUCAUAUUGGUACCUAUACUCGAAAUGUUCUAAUUUUGCCAAAUAAGAAAGUUUUUGUGCGAUAACCUGAUGUGAAUUGUUUACUUAUGCUAAUGUACGUUUUUUAGACGUGGUUAAAUUUUCGUUCAAUCUUGAUUUUUGUUUGAUAAAAGUUAGAUUAUGCCAUGUCAACGACAGAUGGCGUUUUCUUUAUUUCAUUAUAAAAAAAAAUUUGUUUUAUUUUUAGUUUUAUGCCAUAACCUUGUCCCUUAUUAUUGAUAUAGGGGCUGAAACGCUCGUUUAUUUAGAUUAUAUUAAAAAUUCUUUUGCAUUUUAUCGCGUUUACACUGGAUUCUACAUAAAAAAAAAAGAAAAAUAAGGAGGGGGCAGCGAAAGAGUGUUUCCUCCUUGGCAUUUUACGCAUGAUGAGCCACAUCCAUCUCUCCUUUCUAGUAGAAAUUUCUUUCUUUACUGUCAGAGACCUUUACUGAUUUUUAUGCAUAAUCUUUCAGAUAGGUUUCCUUAAGAUUGGGGUAAUAAAUCCUUCUUUACAAGUAAUCGUAUAAGGGAUUUAGGAGUUAUCUUGAUAAAUUUUUCAAUACUUUCUCUAAUAAAUUUGUGUAUAAUAAAAUUUUAUUAACACUAACAAUUCUUUUUUUAGUGAUUUACUCGACCAUUAUAGGCUUAUAAGUUCGAAAUAUGCAUUUUUCUUUAUGACCCCCUAUUAAUAUGUUGUAAUUGAAUAAAAAAUUGUUAUUUUUAUACUUUAUUGCCUCAAGUAGAAUGCUUAAAAGUAGUUUAACAGAACAGGAGUACCGUUAGCAUAAAACAAAAGGCCUAUUAUAUGGAAAAAAUCUUUCCUAAUAAUAACAAUAUUUGUCCAAUAAAGAAGACUUUUAUUUGCAUAUUUAAUUUUUCUGUUUCAAGUAUUUAUUAUUUUAUAUACUGUAUAUAUACAAUAUACAAAGUGUAUUUGCGGUAUACAUAGUAUAUUUUUCAUUCUCCUCUCCCUCGCUCUCUCU